AGAACGUGUGAAGGAUAUCGAUAUUUCAAUGAAUUAUGGUUUUUAAAUUAUCAACGAAAUUCAUAAACACGCUCUCAUUACAUACUAAUGUGUUCGGUUGUCAAUACAAAAAGAACUGCUGGAAUAACGUCAAAUUGAAGUAAACGUCUACGAGUUAGACUCGAUAUAGCGCCACCCUCUUAAAGCGCCAAACAAUAGCUUGCUUGUAAACGGAUAUUUCACGUAAAUAUUAAAUAAAAGAACCCAUCGGUAUAUGAAUUACAAAAUUCUGCAAGAUAUAUAUGACAUUGUUAUCAUCAAAUUACGGAGAUUUUGGUUUGGUUUCACGUGAAAACAACAUUUAUAAAAAACGUCGGGUUAAUUUUAUGUUAGAUUUAUAAUACAGGGUGAUCAAAAAACCUGUGUGCACUCCCUAUUACAAAAGACACAGCGACUAGUGAUCAUCCUGUAGGUUCGAUCAAUAGCAUUAUCGUGUUGAUCUGAAAUAAGGCAUUGUGUAAUAUCGCCAUCUAAAUUUACAAUCUAAACAUUAUGUAAAUUCGAAAAAAACAUCAGAAAUUAUCGAUUUUUAUUAGAAGGAAUUAUUAAAUAUUAUAUUAUUCUUCUACGGUAUGAUCUAUAUUACGUGAUCAAUACGCAGUGGUGCACGAAAUCAUCCAUACAUAGUUUUAUUAGGCCGAAAUCUUUAUUUAAAUUACAAUAGCAGAGAGUGACGUAUAAAAGAAGGCUUGUAUUCAGCAUGGCUGCAUUACAGCAAAAUAUUGUUUUGGACCUUUUGCAGGACGCUUUUCUAGAACCCGAUAUUCUCAAUUUAAACUAGAUAUGGGCAUAUACCUUCCUCGAAUACUAUUACUGUAUUACCUAUAAUAUCACACCAUACGUAUAGACAGCACUUCUUCAGAACCACUUGUUUAACACCUAAACAGGGGCCAAUUUCCCUUAAAAAACAUCCAAUCCAUGGAGGCAUUUUCCUUCUGCAGAUCGCCCAUGUAUCGCAUUGCCGUAUACGAAGAAAACCAUAAAGUAUUCGAAUUCGAGAGAAGUAUUGAUUGCCCAUCUUUAAAACCACGAGGCUACUUUCUUUAUGGGAGGAUUCCUAAAGGAAAAAGAUUUUUCAAAAACAACCGCAAACAAUAAUGUAACUGAGAGAAAUAAUCAUCCAGGCCCUAACACGAGAUUAAUAUUAUCUGAAGAGUCAGAGAUGUAUGAACAGUGGAAAGAACCAUCAUUACCUAUUUAUUUGGAAAUAUACUUGUUUAAUAUUACUAAUCCUGAAGAUGUAGAAGCUAAUAUUAGUAAACCAAUUGUUGAAGAAGUUGGACCAUUUUCAUUCAGGGAGAAAAGGACAAAAGAAAAUAUAACAUGGAAUGACAAUGGAACAGUUUCCUAUAGAUUAGUAAAAACUUGGUAUUUUCAACCAGAUAGGACUAAUGGUUCUUUAGAUGAUCAUAUCAUUACAGUUAAUGUUCCAAUGAUUGUAAGUAUAAAUUCAAUAUUAAUAAUAAAAUGUUUUCGUUACAAAUCUCCAUAAAGAUAAAUUCAAAUGUUUGGAUGAUUCAAAAUCACACAUUAUAAGUGUGUGGUUUUGAUAUUAUAAUUUUUCCAUUUUUUAAUAACUUUUUCCUCAUAUACAUGGAUAAUAUUAGUGAUAAUUCAGUACAGUGAUGCAUUGUAGUUUGAAUUUAAUUCAUUCCAGGAGGCCAUUCAAACCCUUAAUUGCUUAAAGUCCAAAUCAAUUUUCUGGAAAAAAUUUAUAAUUCUACAAAAUUAUUUCAUAUUAAAUUAUGUUCAAUACAAAUAGAAUCAUAUGUUCCUACUUAGUUCGGAUAGCUGAUUUUUUCCAGUUAUCUUAUAAUCCUGUGUUUUGUAAUAAUAAUAAUAAUAGUAUUUAUUGAUACAAAACAAUACAUGUCAAAAGAUAUCAUGGCAAAGCCUGUUUUGGACCCCUUGAAUUAUUAAAUACUAAGAAGAAUUUGUAAAACCUAUGAUACAGUCGACCCCCCUAUAAGAUAUAGAUACGUUCCAAUUUAUUAGGAAUCCGAUUUCUUACAAGUCGUUUCAA